AUGGCAUCCGUGAUCGUGUCAUCUAUAGCUAAAUAUGACUACCCCGCCAUGUGGCAAGAACUUAUCCCAUCCAUUAUUGACAUCUUGUUUUUGUCCAUGCAAAAUGGUGAUUUGUUCCAAUUGUGUCGCGGCUGGAAAUUGUUGCAUCUUAUUUUGAAGAGGCUAUAUAUUCAGGGCCUUCCUUCAAAGAAAUUGACAUAUAUCUCGAUUAUUGAGCUCUCUUUGGCGAUGGUCAAUCUCUAUCCUUCGAGUUUGCAAAAGUGUAAUGGUCUUCUCGCUUCCAGCAUCGAGCUCUCUCUUCGGUGUGUCCGUUUGACAAUUCUGGGCGCAUAUCGAGAUUAUGGCUCUCCUCAAAACAAAUGCUUUUCUGAGAGCAAUUUACCAUUGCUGCGUGGGCUUCUUUUUUCGCUUGGAAAAUUUUCAUUUUCUCACCGCACGACAGUUGACGAAUAUUAUUCCUUUAGUCAAGAGUGCGACCUUGAAGCCUGUUUAAAUGAUCCUGAAGAAAUGUUGGUCUUAUUUAGACCAAAGAAAGGUUUGUAUACCAGCAAGGAGAGUACCAAAGACGAAAAGCCUGAUUUUCCUUUAUCCGGCGUAUUCAAUGGACCCUCCAAUUGUAUUAAUGUGUCAAUUUCAAAUCAACUAAGAAAAUUCUCCAAGAAGCUUUACAAGGCUUUAUCUUGUUUGCAUCCUUCUUUUCCGGUGGAUUGGGAAAAUGACUCAUUGGAGACAAUUAUCAAAAGACUGCUUAUCUUUGAUUUUCCGAUAAAAGAUGAGGGUGAGGUGUUGUCAUUUAACAGCUUUCUAUUGAAAAGAUAUUUUCCUGCCCUUCCCACCGAUCCCUAUUUCAGCUCGAGAGUUUUUUCAUCCUUUUCAUUAUUGUCUAUGACCUUCAUGUCAGAAUUGGCAUGCAGUAAGACCAUAGCCCCAAUAUUGUCAGAAGAAGCGCUCAAAAGUAUCUAUGCGUAUUUAUGCAGCAUCCUUUGUAGCAGCUUUAAUUUUGGUCAAAAGGUCAAUUACCACCUCCCUAUUCUCAGAUAUUUUUGCGCCGUCUCCAUCGGAUCGUUACUUUGUUUUUGCAGAUCGACAUUGCACGGUUUGGAUGCCGUCAUCUUGGGUAUCUCAAACCUGUUGUUUGAAUUUCAGGAUUUAGAUCUUCAAUGCGACCUGCUGGACAUCACUAAAGAACUUGUUUCUCUAACAGCUGGAGAGCGGAAGCCUGGGCAACUCGCUGAUUGA